UCGACUGCAUUCAUCUUGUUCCCUCCUCGCAUCGUUUGUAAAAAAAAAAACUUAAAUUACCGACUUUUUGGUCCUUUUGCAGCCGUUAUAAAGGCACGACGUGUCCGUGUGAACAGAAUGGGUCCCGUCGAGCUCCUCCACAUGUCCGUGUUCUCGCAGAGUUUUUCUCCCUGUGGACGAUUUCUGGCAGCUGGGAACAACUAUGGCGAGAUCGCCGUGUUCAGCCUGUCUGCAGCUCUGAGUCCAGAUGCCACAGCCCUGAGUCAGAAAGCUGUUCUAACCUUCACAGCUCAUGAAGGACCUGUGUUCUCGCUCCUCUCCACCGACUGUCACCUCCUGAGCGCAGGAAACGGAGAGAUCAGCUGCUGGAGCUGGAGCGACCUCACCAAGAAGAAUGUGAAACCUCUGUGGACAAAGAGACCAAACUACAAAUCCAGCCUAGAGAUACCGGAGAUCAACGCCAUGGUCCUAAACACACGGGUGAGAACACACACCUAA